UUUCUGCCGGAAAAUUCACCAAACUGCCUAAAAUAAUAAAUAAGUGUUCUCGGUGAGUAAAUAAAUAAACAACAAAUCCGAGGCAUAAAUCGUAGUAGAAGAGAAGAGAAGAGUAAAUAAAUAAUUUAAUAAAUGCGAGGCAGCAUAAAUCGCAGCAGUGGAGAGAGGAGAGGAGAGAAAGGAGCAGCAGAGAUCGCCGGCGAUGUGGCGGCGGCGAGUGGGCGCCCUUCUCCUCCGCCCCCGAUCUUCUUCCUCCAUCCCCACGCCCUCCUCCACCCACCACCACCACCAGGAGAAGGGGCUUCUCCUCGCCGCCUCACCGAAUGCUCUCCUCCGCCUCUUCACCUCUCAUGCUGGAGGAGGAGAUGGUGGUGCUAAUUCUUGCAGGCCCUUCAUUGCUUUCGUCUUAGGGGGUCCCGGGAGUGGGAAAGGCACGCAAUGUGCUCGGAUCGCUUCAGAUUUUGGGUUUGCUCAUUUGAGUGCUGGCGACCUUCUUCGCCAUGAAAUUUCAUCUGGCAGUGAUAAAGGGCAGAUGAUCCUAGAUAUAAUAAAAGAAGGGAGGAUUGUUCCAUCAGAGAUUACUGUUGAACUUAUUAGAAAAGCAAUGGAAACAACCGAUGCUAAAAGGGUUCUUAUUGAUGGCUUCCCAAGGUGCGAGGAAAACAGGAUCGCCUUUGAAAGAAUAACUGGAACAGAACCAGACCUUGUGAUUUUCUUUGACUGCCCUGAGGAUGAGAUGGUGAAACGUUUACUAGGCCGUAACCAGGGACGAGUGGAUGAUAACAUUGAGACAAUCAAGAAGCGUCUAAAGGUGUUUGACAAUCUAAAUAUUCCUGUUGUAGACUACUACUCUUCAAGGGGAAAGGUUCACAAGAUAGAUGCAACCGGAACUGAAGAGGAAAUCUUUGGAGCAGUCCGCAAUCUGUUUGCUUCCUUAAGGUUUUGAGACUUUUGUCUUCCACAAAAGCAGGCGCCUUUAGCUGGAAGGACCAAUCGUAGGAAUAAGACCCACUUUGCAGAGCAUCCAAAAGUUCUCUCUAUUUCUAUCGUGUUCUUUUGGAAGCCUCACGACUUUAUUGUACUUGCUGUAUAUACUAUUAUGAAUGGACGCCCGGUAAUGGCUGGUGCUGGCCUUACUUUUUUUUUAUUGUCAUGCCAUAGUAUGCAGCAUGAACAAUAGUAUGUUAUUGUUGCGCAGUGCUGCAAGGCAUUUUGCUGUCAGUAAUUCUACAUACAUUUUUCUGCUACCUGGGGGAGUCACAUGGUAGGCGAAUGUAUUUCAUGUGACCACACUAUGGUGAUGUUCGCUGUUCAGACUGUCAGUGAUUUGUGACCAUAGUUUCUGGCUAUUCGGUUGCUGGCUGGUAACAAUUGUUAUGGAAAUUCAGAGUUCAGAAUCGCCAGAGGCAAGGAGGCGUGCUGGCGUUCAGAAAUCAGAAGCAGUUUCCUGCCGGUGAAGACGUCUUGAAGGAAAAAUAAAAUUUCCUGGCCGUCUGGAUCAUUGCUUUUUUAGUGUAAUCUUCUUUCUUCAACUGUCUAUUAUUACAGUAAUACUCCUAUAUAAUAUCCAGCUAGCCGGCUGGCAAUAUCUUUGUCAGUUAGUAAUCUUGGCGACUUUUUUUUUUAUAAAAGA